CGCUGCGCUGCGUUGAGCUGCGCUGGGGCCAUGGGGCGGGCGGCCGCGGCGCUCCCGCGUCUCCCCCUCUCCCUGCUGCUGCUGCUGCUGGUGCCCGGGGCCCUGGGGCUGCGGCUGCUCCUCAGCGCCCCGCCGCCCUUCGACUGCUCGCAGCCGGGUCUAAACUGCCUGGUAAGAAAUAGUACCUGCAUGGACCAGAGCUGGUUACAGGUUCUCCAAUGGACUCCCUCUGCUCCAAGCGUUCUUGAUGUCCACCCUGACAUUUUCCAUGAUGAGGGAAAACUGCUCCCUGUGCUGCGGAUAGAGUGGAAGGUGGCUACUGAUGCAAGCAUUCAGUAUCUCCGGGGAGUGGAACUGGCUGUGCUGCAAGUGAACAAUAAUCAACAAAUCUGUGCCCAGUUUGACUUUCAGAACAAUCUGCCACUUCAGGUCCGUCCGGAUGGAGGCCGGUGGAACUUCACCUUCAACCGCUUUGAGGUGGAGCCUGGCCAGAUGUACCAAGUGACUGUCCAUCAUCUGCCCAAACUGGGCACCAGUGGAGACCGCAACUGCAAAUCCACAUCUUACACGGUGCCUGAUUGCAGGGACCCUGUGAUGAAAACAACCAUGCCAUGUAUGCAGACAGGCAGCCUGUGGGAGCCCAGUAUUGAUGGCAAAAGUCUAGAUGACAGUUCUCUGUUGGUGAGUUUUAACCCAGGGAUGGAGUCAGCCCGAUACCGGAUCCAUGUGACCAGUUUCCCAGAUGAGGAAAAGCAAUGUAGAGAGACCACACGUGAUAUUUAUGAGCCUCUGCAGAGCGGACAGCAGCACCGUGUGAAUGUCACUGUCAAAAUCGAGAAAAACUUAAAAGCCUGUUGCAGAUACAAAGUACAGAUUCAACCAUUCUUUACCAUUUGUGGCACCGACUGUCUGAGACAUUCUGCUGUCAUCCCAUGUCCCUCCGUUGCUCCAACUACACAACCUGCAGAUGAUCCGAUUAUGUGGCUAUACUGGUGUAUCACUGGCAUCUGUAUUUUACUGGUGGGAUCGGUCAUAGCUGGUGCUAUUUACAUGACCCGAAGACAAGUAGGCCGCCAGCACAGGAAAUAUAGCAGCCAUGAGCUGUUACCUCCACAGCUGACUCCACCAUCCCUGAGGCCCCGGAAGGUUUGGAUUGUGUACUCUGCUGACCACCCACUCUAUGUGGAUGUGGUGCUAAAGUUUGCCCAGUUCUUGAUCACAGUCUGUGGUACUGAGGUAGUCCUGGAUCUGCUGGAAAAGCGUCAGAUUUCAGAGAUCGGGGCCUUACCCUGGCUUACUCGACAGAAAAAGGAAAUGGAGGAGCUAUCUUCAAAGAUAAUCAUUUUGUGUUCUCGGGGCACCCGGGCCAAAUGGCAGGCUAUGCUUGGGAAGGAGGGAACAGCUGUCUCUCUCAAGCAAGAUCAGUGGCAGCCUACUGGAGACAUGUUCACUCCGGCCUUGAAUUUGAUCCUGCCAGACUUCAAGAAGCCAGCUUGUUUUGGCAUGUAUAUAGUCUGCUAUUUUGAGGGCAUAAGUGAGGAUAAGGAUAUUCCUGACCCAUUCAAUGUCACAUCCAAGUACCAGCUGAUGGACAGGUUUGAGGACAUUUACUUUCUGAUCCAGGAUAUGGAGAAGUUUGAACCAGGGCGGAUCCAUCAAAUCCAGGAGAUCACCGCUGAAAACUACGCUGAAAACUCCAAUGGCUGGAAGUUGAAGGAGGCAGUACAGACAUUCCAGGAAUGGCAGGCAAAGCACCCUGAUUGGUUUGAGAGAGAGAACAUGUGCUCAGAAGAUGAGGAGUCUCUGGACAAGGAAAUACCAGAAGAAUUCAUGCCGGGUAAUGAAGAGGUAAUUAAAAAACAGCAGCUGCAUUUUCAAGAGCCUGAUCCCAAUGGUUGUUGUGCAAUUAGCCUCCAUGUGAAUGAAGAUGAGGGUGGAAAUUUUAAACUGCAGCUUCAGCUUAAUCCACAGUGGAAUCCAACUUUCCAGACACUGAUGAUUCCCGUGGAUGAGGCACCUCCAGUUCAGAUGGUGGAGCCAAUUUCUAUUACAGAAGGUAAAAAUGCAGCUAGUCAUCAGGUGAUGACCAACACAGACUGGAUGGAAGGAAUCCCUCUGCUGGAGACUAGUGUCCCAAUGAGGAACAGCAUCAUCCCUCAUGAUGAUUUUGAUGUCCCAUCAUCAGACAACCAGAGAUUUGCAGAUCACCUCCCAAAUGAAAUGAGGCAGGAGCUGGAGGGGUUAAUGUACUCUCUUUACCAGCAAAGUGUCAUUCCUUCUGCGUCAUCUCUCCAUCAAGAAGAUGCUGAAGAGCAGCAGCAGCAGGUGGUUUUCAAUAACCCUUGCAAAGAUCAGAGACAGUCAGUGCAAUCAGACCAGGGCUACAUCUCCAGAUGUUCCCCUUUGCCUCCUGAUGAUCUGGUGGAGGAAGAGGAGGACCAAGAACAGGAAAACAAGAUGCCUUCUCAGUAUCUCCCUCCAGAGGUCUUGGACAGUCUAAAGAGCCUCCAACAGAAGCUGCUUUUCCAGGAAAUUCAGCAGAAAUCUGUCUGGGAGCACAUGGGUGGGAUGAUGGACACAGGUCAUUGUGCAGCAGACUCUUAGACUCUCUGUCCAGGACCAUCCCAUUUGAAAAAUAGGGCUCGAGGAUGGUAGUGUGUAUAAUUUCAGCACUCUUCUUCAAGCAGUCACCUCAUCCUUGUAAAACAAGGGUCCUAUGUUCUAAUCGGUAGGAAAUCUCUAACUGAUGCAUAUCACCCAGAGGCAGACUUGCCAAGUGAAUACAGUAUGGUCCACCUACCUAUACCUCUUAGAGCACAACUGUUACCUCCCAAUCUAUCUCUGAGUGGAGGAAGAUGACAGCAGUGUUAGUCCCCUGCAUGUGCUGUGGAGGAAUUGGUACUAAAUCUGUGUGUAGAAUCCUCUGUGAACUAAUUACAGGCAAAUUAUUGUGGUCCAUCAGGCUGCAUCUCUCAGGAUGCCUGUCACACUAUCAUUCCAGGUUACUGUAGAGGACUAAAGUCACGGUUCUGGAGGAGAGGGUAAAGACUGAUUCUGAUAUCAGAGUUUAUUAGCUAAGCUUUAUUGUAAAUGCAGUAGUAAGUAAUUCAUACCUCAGAUCACAACCAGUGAUGACUACGGCCCUACCAAAUUCACUGUCCAUUAUGGUCAAUUUCAUGGCCACAGGAUUUGAAGAUUGGUAAAUUACACAUUUUCAGAUGUUUAAAUCUGAAAUUUCACAGUGUUGUAACCGUGGGGGUCCCGACUCCAAGCGAUUUGUGUGCGUUGUGGGGGAGGGGUGUCGCAAACCUGUUGUAGGGGAGGUCUUGGGAUUGUCACCCUCACUUCUGUGCUGCCUUCAGAGCUGGACUGUCCCUCCCCUGCCCACUCAGAGCUAGGAGCCCCUUUUGCUGGCGCGCUCCUAGGAACAAGGGGACAUCAGAUUUCACGGGGAAGGGCUUAUUUCACAGUCCAUGUCGUGUUUUUCAUAGCCAUUAAAUUGAUAGGCCCUAGUGAUGACAGAUCCCAGUAGACCCACUUGUGAUAGUACCUGGGUGCUGGGAUUUUCUAAUGCAUUACACAUGUUGGCAUUGGCAUACUUGCCUGGCCAUUAAGCAGCAGAGCAGGAUGCUGAGCAAUAAUUGGGAUGAACAUUUUUAAGUGGGUAGUUUUGUCUCCUUGGUACUUUCCCCUCAACCCAUGAUGAGUGGAAGACACUUGAAAAGCAGCAAUACCGAAGAUGUAAGCUUGGUCGUCAGAAAAUGGGAUAGGAGCUUGCAGUGUAAUUACAGCAGAAAAAAGAAUGUGCUUUGGGGCUGCAUAUGGUCUUCACAUAAUAGAUCAGGGAGGAAAUGUGUUUUUUCUGUUGCACUGAUAGUUCUAACCAUGAUAUUGUAUUCUUUUCUGGGCAUCUCAAUAUCAGGAAGACUUCAAAUUGGAAAUAUGGUGAGAAAAGCAGUAAACACAAAUAAGGGUCUGAAAGACUGGAAGGAAAAAUUAGUAGUAAACAGGGCUGUCAAUCACAUUUAAUGGCUGUGAUUAACUGAAAACAAAAUGAACAUUUUAAGCCUGUAGCAGGGGAGCUGAAAAAGCCUCAGCCUGCAGCUCCAUGGGCAGCAGGGGAAGGAUUAAAGGAACCCCAGAGUGCAGCUCCCCAGGCAUUGGGGGAGGGGUUGAAAAAGGCCCAGCCCACAGCUUCCCAGGUAGCAGGAGGGCUGGAGCCCUGUGCCCUGAGGGGGCAUGGGCAGCAGGUUGCAUGGGCUGGGGGAGGCUCUGCCUCCUCAAACAGCCAGGCGUGGCCCCACCCCCUGCUUACCACCGCUCCCCACGUGCUGCUUCAGUCCUCCAGCCCCCAGUGCUCUGGCUGGGGCCGCCUGCCUUCCCGCGCUCUGGGGUGGGGGGUGCUGCGGCCGCCUGCGCUCCAGGAUUGGUGGGGUCGGGGGCUGCACACUACCCGCCUUCCCAGCACUCCGGGGCCACCCGCUUUGCUGAUGCUCCUUUGGGACUGGGGCGGAGGGGGACUAUCCUGGGGCAGGACUGGGAUAGUGGCCACGGUGGGAGGGGCUCAGCUCCAGUGGGGCAGGAGGGGGGGCCUCAGGCAGAAGGGAUUGAGGACUAGCCUCCCCCAACCGGCAGUUCACAUGCUGCCCAUGCAAGGGAGGCUGAAGCACCGAGCGGGACAGAAACCCAGAGCCCCCAGCCCUGAUCCUAUAUUUGAAAAUAUAGAAAACCCCAAAAAAUAUUUAUAUAAAUGGUAUUCUAAUAUUGUUUAAUAGUGUGAUUUAAACUGCAGUUAAUUUUUUUAAUCACUUGACAGCCUUAGUACUAAGCAUAGCUUGAACAUAUGUUGCCUAAGGGUGGGGAAUAUAACCAACAAGUGGGGGAUGCUGGAGUGAAACCAAUAUAAGAUGAUCCCUGGAGAUGUAACUAGUAUUAACGUAAAUUUGAACAAAGGAAGUUCAGGCUAAACAUUGAAAAAAAAUUCCUAGUAGUGGAGACUGCGGAGUCGUCUCCCACAAGUAGUGCUGGAAACUUCAUCAGUUGAGAGAUUUCAAAACUGGUUUUAACAAACUAGGAGAACACUCUGUAGUGAACAAUCCAGCACUGUCCCUUGUGGGAUGGGCUAGAUAGAAAAGUAAACUUAUUUAAAGCUGGAGAUUACCCCAUGCACUGCGGCAGCUUGUUCAACUCAGCCAACCAGGGAAUGGCUUUGAGGAGUGUAAGCCCCCAACCCAAAGUGCCUUUUUUCCUCUCCCAUGUUAGGAUCAUACAAGACUGCUGCCUUUCCACCUUGCUAAUUGCACAUAUCGGACAAGAUGUAAUCUUAUGUCUUGUAUUUACAUGAAGCAUUUGUCCAUUCCUGAGAUGGCUGAUUUUCUUCAGCCUAUGCUGAUUACAUCUGAACAACUUCUAGUAUUUUGUUUUUAUAUAAUUUAUACAUUGGCUUUUCAAAUGAAAGUUUUGAGAAGCUAUUACUCCACAUUGCCACUUUUGCCUAUGCAACCAAUACAAUGAUAUAUUUUUAUAACUGAUUGUAUCUAGUUUUUUCCUAAUUUUCUUUUUUAAUUAAAGGAAUAAUAUACUUUCAGAAGAUGCUCACACUGAAAUGAUUAAAGGAUCUAGAAUGUCCUCCUUCAUUUGAUCUUCACCUAUGCAGGACACUUCCUCCUAGAACUCAAAACAAAGCACUGAAGUAUGAAAUUGAGCCAGUCAUGAAAUGCCAAAAUGUUGAGGAACAAGGGUGCCACCUGGGACAAGGGGAGGGAGGGAAACCCCUCAUUGAAAGUUGCCUUCCUCACAAAAAUAUUUGUCUGUGGAAUUUGGUUAGCUGAAUGUAGGACCAUCAGCAACCAGAACUGUCCAUCUGCCUGUACAGCCACACAGCAGCAAACAGAAAAGCUCCUGCAAAUAACAAUGCUCAGGACCAGGAGCUAUCUUCAUUUUAUGUUUUGUAUAGGGCCAAACGUGCGUUGGGACUAAACAAAUAAAUAGCACUGAGCUCAACAUGCUCUACGAUCAUUUAUCCCUAUGACCACUGAGGGGGAAAUAAAUGUUACUGCUGUUAGAGAUGGGGAAAGUAAGGUGCCAGAAGUGCCUUUUUUUAAUGCUGUUGCUUUGUUGUAAGCCAUGAAGACUUCACAAUUACCUGUACGGUUUGUGUUUGUUUUUGGUAAGUCCCUUUCAAGUAAUAUCUUAAACUGUGCUGAGCUCAGAGGAGAAGUGCUGCCUGAACUGUGUUCUUGACUUGCUUAUAUCCUUCUCAGGUAGUUGUCCUUUUAGGUUGAAAUUUCUCAUUGUUUCUGAGUGAGGAAGUGAAUGUUGAAGAAAAUCCAUUGUCGCUUUUAAGUAAUCAAACGGGGAGGGCAAAUAGUUUUUAGUGAACAUUUUAAUGUAAACUAUUAGCAUUUAGUUUGUGAACGUGCCCUGCAAUACCCAAAUCAACACACUGAUGAUAAACUCAAAGGGAAAGACA